AUGUCUGAAGUUAACCCAAAAGCAUACCCACUCGCUGAUGAUGACCUCACUGUCUCAAUUUUGGAUUUAAUACAAAGCUCUCACAACUAUAACCAAGUUAAGAGAGGUGCUAACGAAGUUACCAAGGCUGUUAACAGAGGUAUUGCUUCUUUCGUCAUUUUGGCUGCUGAUGCUGAACCAAUUGAAAUCUUGAUGCAUCUUCCUGUCCUCUGUGAAGAUAAGAAUAUUCCAUACUGUUUCGUUAAGAGCAAGACUGCUUUGGGUCGUGCUUGUGGUAUUUCUAGAGAAGUUAUCAGUGCUACUGUCAUAAAUAACGAAAAUAACGCUGCUUUGAAGAAGCAAGUUAACAGUUUGAAGGAUGCUAUUGAACGUAUCAUUGUUUAA